GCACACUCUAUAUUCACUUGUGGCACAAUAGUAUUAACUAUAAAUAUAUUUCCUGCUUAUCAGAGAUAUUUUCCCCUUCUAUGCUUUCUACUGUUGUAUAUAAAAAUCAGUGUCAUUGAAUGCCUCUGUAAACACCGUACAUCUCCAGAAGUUGUAGGCAGAAAUUGCAAAAUGAAGACAGUCAGCUUUGUGGGAAUUUUAUUGAUCCUUGAAGCUUGCUCGCUCAUUAAUGCAAUUAACGAACAGAAUCCUAGCACUCUUAACAAUAGUUAUCCUGUGAUAGUGAUCACCUGGGAUUACAAAGAUGCAAUGAAAAAAGCAUGGGAUGUAAUACAUAAUCAGAAGAGAAGUGCUCUGGACGCGAUAGAAGAAGGAUGUUCCCUGUGCGAGGAGCAGCAAUGCAGAAAGACGGUGGGAUUUGGCGGCAGUCCAGAUGAAUCUGGAGAAACUACGCUAGAUGCUAUGAUUAUGGACGGGACAAAGAUGGAUGUAGGAGGAGUAGGAGGACUGCGGAAUGUGAAGAAUGCCAUUUCGGUUGCUCGCAAGGUGCUGGAACAUACAAAGCAUUCCUUAUUAGUUGGGAGCUUGGCUACAGAUUUUGCUGUGAAUAUGGGAUUCAAGCAGGAAUCUUUGCAAACGGACGAGUCCAAGGAGAUGUGGACACAGUGGAAGGCAAACAAAUGUCAACCCAACUUUUGGAAGAACGUUAUACCAAAUCCAACAAGUAGCUGUGGACCAUAUCGCCCAAGCAACAUAGAAGAUAACGAAAAUGUUCUAACGGGAAGCGAGAAAAAUCAUGAUACGAUUGGUAUACUCGCGAUAGACUCACAGAGACGAGUAGUAGCUGGAACAUCCACGAAUGGCGCCAAGUAUAAGAUACCAGGACGCACUGGGGAUUCUCCUAUUGCAGGAGCUGGUGCGUAUGCCGAUCAGGACGUUGGUGCAGCUGCCGGUACCGGCGACGGAGAUAUUAUGAUGCGAUUUUUGCCGAGCUUUCUAGCGGUAGAAGAAAUGCGUAAUGGUGCAGCGCCAAACAUUGCUGCUAAGAAGGCAAUAAGCAGAAUCGCCCAGCAUUAUCCUAACUUCUUCGGCGGAGUGAUCGCGUUGAACAACAAAGGAGAAUACGGAGCAGCGUGUAAUGGAAUGUUGGCGUUUCCUUAUUAUGCUGCAAAUCCUACUUUAGGCCCUAAGUUACACUCCGUUCAGUGCAGCAAUUAUCCGCAACAUGAUGGAUACGACGAAACCUGUUAAUUUGUACAUUUGUUCAUACUUUAAAAUGAAUUAUUCAAGCUUAUUUACCUUCAUA